AUGAGUUAUUAUCACUGUGUUGGAAAGAAUCCUCUGGUUUAUCGAACAAUUGGACAACAAUUGAGUCUUGUUGCCAAUGAAGAUGGUGAUAGAGAAGCUUUUGUCUUUGCUGAAGAAAACAAGAGAAUCACCUACAGGGAGCUUCUCAGAGAAGCUGAUCGUUUAGCAGCUGGAUUUCAGUGUUUGGGACUCGAAAAUGGUGAUCGUAUUGGCAUUUUGAGUUCCAAUGAACCAACAUGGCCCAUUGCUAUGUUUGCAGCUGCUAGAGCUGGCCUUAUAGCCGUCCUUCUCAAUACAUACGAUGGAAUACCGGAAAUUGAGCAUUGCUUGAGGAAAGUUUCAGCAAAAGCGUUGAUUGCUACUGAAAAUAUUGGCUCUGAUAAACUUUUAAAGAUUAUUUCGGAAUUUGAUCCUAAAAUGAAGAAAUUACCUUCACUAUCUACCAUCAUUGUUGAUUCUGAGAAACAUUUCUCAGGAACUCUUCGUCUUAAGGACGUCAUGUCCUUACCAUCGAUUAUUCAAAUAAAUACCAUAGAAGAGCAGCAAAAGGACAUAGAUCCACAUAGUGGAUCCAGUAUUCUGUUCACAUCGGGAUUCACCGGAAGCCCAAAAGGUGUCCUCCUUAGCCACUAUAGCUUGAUUAAUUUCGGACAUAACAUCAACAGACUCGAAUUAAUUAACUUUAGAUUGUACACGGAAAUGCAAAACAACACCGUUGGUUGUGCUUUUGAUCAUUUAGAAGUAAAAGUAAUUGACAGUGAUGGGAAACUUGUGCCUUUUGGAACUCCCGGUGAGCUCUGUACUCGUGGAUAUUCAACAAUGAUUGGCUAUUGGGAAAACGAAGAGAAGACCCGUGAAGUCCUUGGAACAGAUGGAUGGCUCAAGACAGGAGAUUUCUUUAUUCUCGAACCAAAUGGAUACGGAAAAAUUAUAAACAGGCUCAGUGAUAUAAUUAAAAAGGGAAAUGAAAAGAUUUUUCCAAAUGAAAUUGAAAAUCUCCUCGGAACAUGUCUCAAAGUUGCUCAAGCCUACGUCGUGGGUGUUCCAGAUGAAGCCUUGGGUGAAGAGUUGUGUGCUUUCAUUUCCCUUCGUGAUGGAUUUGAAUCAUUUUCCCCUGAAGAACUUUAUGAAUUUUGCAAAGGGAAAAUAGCAUCAUCAAUGAUUCCAAGAUAUGUGGAAAUUGUUAAAGAUUUUCCAACAACACCAUCGGGAAAAGUUAAAAAGUUGGAGCUUAAGAAACAAUUUAUAAAAAAAGAAUCAAAUUGA